AUGCCGAAUCCAUUAAUCCUAACCGAAGCCUAUCGGCCUAUUGUUGCGGCACUGGUUCAGCAAGGCCUCACCAACCGCCAGAUACAGGACGAUCUAUCAACUCACCAUGGUAUCACCUGUUCGCAGAGCACCAUCACUCGUGCCCGCUCCAACUGGGAAUUGCAAAUAGGGCCUGAUAAUGAAACUCAAGAAAUUCAGAAUAAUCUCAUCCGAUUCUAUCACGGUCAAGGUUUUGUCGCGGAGCACCUCCUUUCGAUACUUGAAGAGCGUCAUGACAUCAAUAUCUCACCGCGCACCCUAGCGCGACGCUGCACGCUGCUUGGCCUACAACGCAGGAAAGAUGAUGUUGAUCAAGGACUAGUUACCUUGGCAGAUGUGGCUGAGUUGAUUCGACACUCAAAGCGGCGCGCGGAUGGUAAGCGAGCUGGAUACCGCCGCGUCCAUCAUAUCCUCCGGAACCAAUACCAAGUUUCUGUCCAUCGGCUCCUGUUUCUGUAUCUUUGGGUCCCGUUGGUUCAGGACUCUUUGAACAAAUGGAUGCACGAUUAUAAUUCGUAUAGGAAGCGACGCGACAAACGAACAGUCCUUCCCACCGCGUGCGCCCCCAAUUACUGCUACUACGCACCCGUCUCAGCAAACGGAGUUGAAGGUCUCAUCCCUGUGCCGCCGGAGCGUGUUGACGGGCUCCGCGCUCAAUAUUAUCCUAACGCAGAGCAACUCAUGAUCACAUCUCCCGAGUGGCUUACAGAAUUUGUCACCGCCGCACAACCAGCUUUACAGAUAGAUCCCGCAACGAUCAAUAUGGAUAACGUUUGGACAGCGUUUGACCAGAUCCUUGGAUUCAUGCGAGCCUACGAUUUGUCCUUACUCGCAACACCCCCAGGACAGCCUCGUGUACCUACUAACCACGAACAAGCCGUAGUUUCUGUCCAAAAGAGAUUCGGUCGAGUACCACUUUAG